AUGGCUGGCUCUGUAUCUCCCUUACCAGUAAUGUCCGGAUCGUUAAAGAAGAAAGCAACACAUGCCUUGCGAAACUCUUUUACCCGAAAGGGAAGGAGAAGCAGCAAGGUCAUGUCUGUCGAAAUUGCAGAUGUGCAUGAUGUUGAAGAAGGUCAGGCUGUUGACAAGCUUCGUCAGGCGCUUAUAUUGGACGAGCUUCUUCCUAGCAAGCACGAUGACUAUCAUAUGAUGCUUCGGUUUUUAAAGGCCAGGAAAUUCGACAUUGAGCAGACCAAGAAAAUGUGGUCUCAAAUGCUUGAAUGGAGGAAGGAAUUCGGAGCUGACACAAUCAGAGAUGACUUUGAAUUCAAGGAACUCAAUAAAGUCCUGGAUUAUUAUCCCCAAGGACAUCAUGGGGUAGACAAAGAAGGAAGACCAGUCUAUAUUGAGAGACUGGGACUAGUUGAUUCAACUAAGCUCAUGCAGGUGACAACCAUGGACAGGUAUGUGAAAUACCAUGUUCAGGAAUUCGAACGAACAUUUGAUGUUAAAUUCCCAGCUUGUUCGAUUGCAGCGAAGAAGCACAUUGAUCAAAGUACAACUAUUCUUGAUGUUCAAGGAGUUGGACUUAAAAAUUUCAACAAAGCUGCUAGGGAGCUUAUUUUAAGCCUUCAGAAGAUUGAUGGUGACAACUAUCCUGAGACCUUGAGCCGUAUGUUUAUAAUCAAUGCCGGUUCUGGUUUUAGAAUGUUGUGGAGCACUGUCAAGUCUUUCCUUGAUCCAAGGACAACGGCAAAGAUUCAUGUCCUUGGGAACAAGUACCAGAGCAAUUUGCUAGAGAUUAUUGAUGCUAGUGAGUUGCCAGAGUUUUUAGGAGGUAAAUGUACUUGUGCUGACGAAGGUGGAUGUAUGCGUUCCGAUAAGGGACCAUGGAAGAAUCCAGAGAUAAUGAGUAUGGUCCAAAAUGGUGAUCAUAAGUGUUCAAAGGAACCAGGGACUCAGGUGGCUGAAGACAAGAAGUCAGUGCAUGUAUCCGAUGACGAAUUUGUGUAUUCUACGGGAAAUUCCUCCCCAUAUUUGCCGAAAAAUUUCCAAGAAUAUUUCAAGCAUGAAGAGUAUAUCCCUAUGGUUGAUAAAGCUAUGGAUACAACAAGUCACAUUGUUGUGGGGAGUGUCAAAUUUGACACAUUUCCCACUUCUAAGUCGGUAGAUUGUUUCGACAUGCCUGAGGCUUGCAAACCUGCUGAUGGGUUUAGUGCUCGAUUUUCGGGUGCUAUUAUGGCAUUUAUCUUGAGCAUAGUGGCUAUUUUCCGGCUGCUAACAAGUAACGUGCCUAGGAAACUUGCUAAUUCCACCUUCUACUCUAGUGCUGUCUGCCACGACGACACAAUGCUGAAGAGCCGGGCGUCUUCUAAGUCUGCCAAUGCCAUUUCUGAAGCAGAUUUCCAGUCCAUCAUUACACGCAUUGCAGACUUGGAAGAGAGAGCCAUUGUUUUGAGCACGAAACCAGUUACCAUGCCACCUGAGAAGGAGGACUUGCUGAGUGCUGCUUUGAACCGGGUUGAUGCCUUGGAGCGAGAGCUUAUGGCAACUACUAAGGCUCUCCAAGAGUCAAUGUGUCGCCAAGAUGAGCUCUUGGCAUAUAUUGAGAAGAAGAAGAGGAAGAGGAGGUUUUUCAAGUUUCAAUGCUGGUGA